ACUACAAGGCAAUUCUGGGGGGCAAUGAUGCCACACCUUCUCUCCUGACCCCCACCUUACAAGCACCUGCGGCAGGAGGGGCCUCGCAGAGUUGGUCUGAGGAUUGCUGUGUGGUCAGCCUGUGGUCAUCACAGGUCCUUGUCAUGACUGUUGUCUUGUUUGCAGAGGGGCCCCAGCGGACUCCGGAUGCAGAGCCUCCUGCAGCUGCUGAGGGGCAGGGGGGGCGCAGGUCCGCCCCUGGCGGAGCUGGUGAGCCUCGCAGGCAGGCUGUGCCGGGACCUCCAGGACGACCCUGCCCAGGUGCAGCCCUUGGUCACGGCGGUGCUGGACAGCCAGCUCCGCCUGCACCUCCUGGACAACGUGGACGUGGCCCUGGUGUGUGCCCGCGUGCUGGCCCAGCAGGAGCAGCACCAGGCCGCCCGCCAGCUGCUGGAGGGAUUCCGGGUGCCGGGAGGCAGCCCCGAGCUGGUGCAGCUCUGGAAUGACAUUCACUACUGUCUGCUCAUGAAGAGGCUUGGCGUGGCCGUGCUGACCCCCGUGCAGAAGUUCAGGUGCAGGAAGAGGAACCCACCGCCUCCCUCCCUCUGCCCUGACGGCCUCAAGAGCCGGAACUUCCCCAGAGAAGUUCGCCAGAAGCUGCAGGACUUUGCCUCGAGAGUGAGCACCAACCCCAGCAAGGCCCAGCGGGAGGACCUGGCCUCGGAGACGUGCUUGACCAUGGAGCAGGUCUACAACUGGUUUGCCAAUUACCGGCGGCGCCAGAGGGCUCUUGUGCAGCGUGCAGCGCCAGCCCAAGACAUGGUGGACAACCCCAGCGCGACGGAGGCAGGUCCACGCCCUCUGCAGCCUGCAGGCCACCCCCACCUUGGCUCUGGGUGUGUGGACAGGCCUCAGUGGUCAGCAGGACCUGAGGAGAGUGGGCCUGUACAGACCCAGGAGGCCACCCAAGGGCCGUGGGAGCCCCUGGCCCCGACCCCGGACUUCUCUGGAGAUGGGACUAUGCCACAAUCACUGGCUUCCAGGUCUCUGCAAGGUGGUGAGAGGUACCAGGGGGGACCUGGCCAUGGUCCUGCCACUCUCCCCACUGUCUGCCCUAGCCCCGGCCUCUGCCCUCUGGCUGCUGGCAACGACACACUGGACCCCUCUCUGGCUGCCCCCGAGUCAUGGCUGAUGUCCCGUGCACUGGCGUCCUCCAAGGAAGAUCCCCUCCAGACUGGGCAGCUGGUCCGCGGUCUUGGGGUGGACUUGGCCAUGCACCCUCCUGAUGCUGCUGUGGCUACGUCCGUCGCUGCCCCCAGUGAGCCCGGCCCCACAGGAUUUGCUGACCCUCCCAGCGUCAACUCCCAGAGCACGUACCUGCAGGAGGUUCCAGGCACCAGCGGUGGCUGGACAGAGGGACUGGCGGGUGGCUUCCUGAUGACACAGCCCCCACCGCAGGCUCCCGAAUUCAUCCUUGCCCAGAGGUAAGCCUCAGAGCCCUGGAGCUCAGGCUACACAUGCCACGGCCCGUAAAGAGGCCAGUCCUGGUGGGGAGAUUUGCCGUCCAAGUGUGCAGCUCUUUUCUGAUGGCCCUCGACUGAAUAAAGGUUGUACUUUUCCCAAGAGAAAAGAACACCCGGAAAUAUCAGAGGAGUUAUGGGCAUACAUUCUGUGGCUGGUGCUCAGGCCUCGACGCUUCCCCAGAGAUCUCCCUGGGCCCCGGCUGCCUCUUUCAGGCAACUUCUCUUUUUUUUUUUGGUGCGGUGGGGGAGGAAGGUGUGGUGGUAAUUAGAUGUAUUUAUUUAUUUACUGGAGGUACUGGGGAUUGAACCCAGGACCUUGUGCAUGCUAGGCAUGCACUCUACCACUGAGCUACACCCUCCCCUCUUCAGGCAGUUUCUUUUCCCCAAAGACUUAGUUUCUGAACAGCAGCAGGAUCUUGGCUUUAUAUUCCAAAUUGUAGUUUUAAAAGGGCUCUGGAGGGCAGUGAGCAGCCCAGGGCUGCGGACUGUGGUGGUGGGGCUGGGGCAGCCAUCCAGAUGACCUCCAAAGCGCAGCCUGUUAGGCAAGGGGGCCUCUGCAGCAGAGGGAAUCUAUGGUAGCGGCCACAGGACUGGAUCCCCAGGGUGCAGGAGCUCCCUAAUCUGGGCAGAAUCACAGGGGGACGUGUGAGAGAGGAGGAGCCCCCCUAAGUUGCAGGCCCUGCUUAGGAAAUAGCCAGACAGUGAGAAAAUCCAGCCCGUGCUGACGGACUCACUUUUCCAUUUAUGACUGGGAGCCGCACAGACCAGAGGCCUUCAUGGGGUCCCCUUGUGGCUUCUCCACUGGCCGACUUGCCCUUGGGCCCUGCUGCCCUGGCCCAUCCUUGCUCUGGUGACCUUGACUCCUUCUGUAAGAACAGCUUUGUUGGGGGUCUAACUGGCAUAAAGUGACCAGGCGUGUUCAGUUGUUACAGAUGAUAGUUUUCUGAGUGUGACUCGUGUGUCCGCCACAGCCCAUAACCGAGCUGCAGGUCUUGGCCUUGCAGGCUAUUUCCACUCGCCUCCACCCCCACCUCCCCAGCAUCGGGGAUGUGCUUUCUUUAGCUGCAUUUUCUGGAAUUUGGUACAAAUGAAAUCGUACAGCAGAUGCUCUUCUUGGGGGGUGCAGCACUCUGCCUGACUCCUCCGAGACCCGUCCCGGUACUUUGGGUCCCCACAGUCCCCUCCUCCUCAUUGUGAGUCCUGUCCUCGGCCUGGGUCGACAUCACCGAUUGGCUGGCACUUGGGAGCCUGGUCUGGGGGCUGCUGUGAGCCUUUCCGUAUGCCUGGCGACCUGCACGUCUGCCUUUGUGUCUCUGGGAGAGGACACCUACGAGUGGGUGACCAGGUGUGGUCAGACUUUUAAGGAUCUGCCUGGCCGCUGUUCUGAGGGGCUGCACCAGUUACCUCCCCUGAGUUGGCCCUAAGGGCCUACUGACUCCUUCCCACCUCAGGCCUGCCCCUUCUUUGUGACCUUUUCUUCCUUCACAUCCCCACUGGCUGUCCCCUUCUCUGUGA